UUCUCUGUUUUUCUCACGUGCAUUGACAGGCUCCUUCCAUCUGAUCCGGAUGCUGUUGGAUGAAUACAUCCUGCUGGCUCUGGAGACUCAGUUCAACAACGACAAGGAGCAGGACCUGCAGAACCUGCUGGACAAAUACAUGAAAAAUGCAGAUGCGAGUAAAGCAGCGUUCAUUGCCUCUCCCAGUUCCUGCUUCCUAGCCAAUCGCAACAAGGCCAGCGCUGCCAUUGACCAAUCGGUGAAGAAUGAGUCUCUGGGAGAACACGCCUACAUGUCUCUCUCCACCAAUCAGCAGCAGAGUCUGGAAGCAAGCGCCGCCAUCUACCAGGAGACGGGUGGCUUUACUGUUUCAGGGGGUCAGAUGGACUUCUCUCAGGUGAGCGGCCCCCUCAUGACGCCCCCUAUCUCUCCGGCAGCGUUAGUGCACCGAGGCUCCGUCAUCAACCAGGGCCCGAUGACAGGGAGGCCCCUACAUACUUCCUCUUCCUCCUCUUCCUCCACCUGCGCCUCCUCCUCCUCUUCCUCCUGCCUCUCCUCCCUCAGCGCCAUGACCCAGCCCGGCCCCUGCUCUUCUUACCCGGAGACCCUGUACCACUGCUUCCCUCAGACCAGCUCCAGCUACUUCCCUUCAACCGGGGCCUCCACAGGGGCAAACUACCAGACUGCACUCAGGCCUCAGACUCAGAGUCAGUGUCUGGCUUCGGUCCCGUCUCCCUCUCUCGCCUACCAUCUCUCUCGGUACCAGAACUUCAGCGACCAGCAGCUGAGUAAAGACGUGUUCUUCCAGCCGUCCUCCAACAGCACCAGCUGCUCUCUGGGUUUCGGCUCUGCGGUUCGGCCCGGCUACUCCUCAGGCUCAGAGGCAGCAGAACCGAGCCUGGACGCUCAGAUGCUCGACUCUGCGGAGAUCAGCUUUGUGGGUCAGGGCCAGACGUACUCUGCUGCAGGACACAGCGGUUACUAUGGGAACAGUUACCUGGACAACCAGCGGAUGAGCUCAUUGGUGGAUCAGCACGUGUCCGUGAUCAGCACGGUGGGCAGCCUGCGGGUGUUCCCCUCUGCGUACUCUGACGUCCACGAUCCUCUCAACAUCCUGGACGAACCCGGGAGGAAAACUACGGGAGCGUACUUCAUCGAGACUGAGACCGGAGCAGAUCAUUCCCUCCCGUCUUCAGGAUCUGCCCCCUGCAUGUUUGGAGUCCCGUCUCCGUUCACCUCCCAGGAUGCAUUGCUCUCUCAGCAGCGCGUGCAGUCAUCUUCAGAUGUGCAGGACCUGGUGUCGUCGCUGCCUCCCAUCAACACCGUCUUCAUGGGAGCAGGGGGAGUACAAUGACUGCAGGAAACACACACUACCUAACAAAACAACUACUUCUGGAUGUUUACAAUCAAAUGGAUCGGCAACAUUUAGCACAAAUCACAGAAACAUAGAGCCUUGUGCACGAAGAUAUACAAAUAUGAGAUGAUAUUAUUAUUUACAGAGAAAAACCUACAUGACACCUGCCAAUUAUUUACAUCUCCCACUGCGUUAUGAACCAGAAAGAAAGGAGCAAUAUUUAUUUGUAUAAAA